AUGAGCACAAAGAAAGAAAAAAAAUCUGAAAUUUUGAAAAAAUCGGAUAAAACGAUAGAUAGUCAUCGAGAAUUUUUGGAUAUGGAUACUGAUGAAGAAGAUUUUGGUCACCAAGAUAAAUUAUGUGAAAGAUUUAACGAUAUAUCCUUGCAAUGGUAUAAGUUGGAACAAACAUUCUGAUAAAAUAAUUCAAGAAUAUUUUAAAAAUCCAUCAUAUACAGUAUUAACUACAUUUUAUGAUAAAAAUGAAUUAAACGCCAUGUUGGGUAUUCCAAUAUAUGCAUCUAAAGGAUUUACGUAUUUCUUAAGAUCAUCAUGGCAAAUUUAUACCCCAGAUAAUUUUUUAAAGACCGUUUUAUUUGGCAGUAUUAGUAAUAAUAUUAAAAGUAAUACCCUAAAAUUCAUGGAAAUUUUAAGAAGCGAUGUGUUUUCAAAUUUACAUGAAUUUAUCAUACGUCUAAUGGAGGAAAUUUAUAAACCAAUGAGUAGAACUAUUUUAUAUGUGCCAAAGGAACAUCUUCUUCAAACAUUUUUAGAAUCCUCGGAUACAAACAAUUAUUUUUUAUUGGGUGCGAAUCAAACGACAAUAAUUUCAGAAGAACAUGAAAGAAAACGUAAAUUAAUCGGCAGAUUAGAGAAAAUAGUUUGGUUUUGGAUUAGACAAAUACAUAGAGCAACGAUGACAUCAAUAAGAAGACAAGUUAAUAAUAUACAAGAUGAAGUUGAUUAUUGGAAUGCAAAGCAUUCAAAUUUGAAUCAUUUACAUGGUCAGUUUCGUAAUACGGAAGUUCAAUUGAUAAUCAAUAUAUUAAAAAACUUACAUUCUCCAAGCGCAAAUAAAUUACAGAAGUUAACUUUGUAUAUUGAUGUAAAAUUAGAAGAGGCCCAAUCAAAUUUGAUGUAUUUAAACAUUCUAUUUCGUUUUUGUAAAAAUUUAAAUAUUCUAGAAGAUAUUGAAAAUUCUGUAACAGAAGCAUUGCUUCUUAUAUUAUUCAUUUGGACAGAAUCGCCAUUUUAUUCUACAAAAAGUAAUAUGGAAAUAUUAUGUCAAGCAUUGGGCUCGCAGAUAAUUGAACAAUGUAAAAAGCAUAUCAAACUGGACAUUGCUCUUGGGAAUAAUCCUGAAAUGGGAAUACAGAUGCUAAAGAAAUGUAUAUUCUGUUGUAACGUUUAUAAAACAAUUUAUGAGGAUAUUAUGAUAAAUGUAACAUCUUAUAUUAAUCCGGACAAAAAAUGGGAUAUAAAUCAGCAAGAAGUUUUUAGUAAAAUUGAUAUUUUUAAACAGAGAUGUUGUGAUGUCAUUGAAAUUUCUAAAGUUUUAAUAAUAUUCGGAAGAGACACUGAAAUAGGAUUAAUUGGAGGUCCAAACGGAAGCGAAUUUGAAGCGUAUUUGCGGGAAGUUGAAUCUUUAUUUUAUGAAAGUUUAAAUGAAAUUAUAAUGGCACAUGGUAUCGUAUUCGAUGUUACGAGACCUAUUUGGUUUCUAAAAAUUAAACAAUUUAGAUAUACAGUUUUGCAACUAGAGAAUAUGAGCAUAAGAAAUAUAGAAGAAGGUAUCGAGGCAAUUUAUGCUUUGCAAAAAUUUAAGAAAAGAGAAAAUUUACGAGAAUUAUUGCAAAAGAAGUGGAUACAGAUAUGGAAAAUAUUUAGUAAUGAAAUUGAAUACUGUUAUAUUAAUACAAUUAAUCAGUCAAAAAAGGAAACUAGUGUUAACAUAAAUUUAUUAUGUAUUUUACAAUACUUAAAAAAUCAGCAUUCUAUAAUCACAAAUGUAGUAGACUGGAUAGGAUAUUGUGAUUUUGAAAAAAGAAACAAUGAAGAAAUUGAUUAUAAAAAUUUCGUGUCAUUGCAAUGCACUGAGAACCAUCUGUCACUGCAUUAUCAAAAUAAUGAUAUUGCUAUACUUUUGGACGGGGUACUGUACUUGUCAUUUUUUUACAUGUAUAUGUCUUUUUAUUUUAGAUUUAAAAUAAAUAAAUUUAAUCAAUCAAAUCAAAUUUAAAUAUUAACUAAUCCAUUUCACAUAAUACGGAAUGUUUAUCUGCUUAUUUGAUACGAAAUAUUUAUAUUAAUAUUAUUAGUCAUUAAUAAUCAUUCUGAAUUUGUGGUAGACUUACAAUACAUCAUUAAUAUUUUUCAGGAUUGAAGAGUAA